AUGCCAUGGGUUGGAUUACAACAUAAAACUAUCAGUGACCAUUUUACUUUCUCAAAUGGAUAUCAAGUCCCCAAAGAUAGAAAUGUUGAUCUAUAUAUUGCAAAUCUUCAUGGAAUUGACCAAAUUGGAGGUACAUUUAAUGGUUUUCGGUAUGUUGAAAAGGAUUCUUCAGCAACAAAAUUAGGGGAAGAUUAUUUAACAUUUGGUCGAGGAAGACACGCAU